UUGGUUGCUUAAUGAUACACUUCCGAAACACCAAUCCAACCGUCACGACGAGGGAAGAUUUUGCUGCACAUUGAAACUUCUUGCAUUUUCUACACGGUUUGUUUGUUUGAAAGAAUCAGCUAAUUCGGCCACCAAGCAGGCGAUUCCUAGCAUUCACCUGUGGCACAUCACCUUUCGUGCUCUGGCAUGAAUUUCUCGGAUCUCCUGAAGCAGUCCAACCAGCUGUGCAAACUUUCCACCGACGGAAAGUAUUUGGCCACAUGUGUUCAGUAUCGCCUGGUUGUGCGGGAUGUCAGGACUCUGCAGAUUUUACAGCUCUACACCUGUCUGGACCAGGUAGCGCACAUGGACUGGUCUUCAGACUCCCUCUUCAUCCUCUGUGCUAUGUACAAAAGAGGGCUUGUACAGGUGUGGUCUCUGGAACAGCCAGACUGGCGUUGUAAGAUAGACGAGGGCUCGAUCGGACUAGUCUCCUCACGCUGGAGUCCAGACGGACGUCACAUACUAAACACCACAGAGUUUCACUUAAGAAUCACUGUCUGGUCUCUUUGCAACAAAUCUGUCUCUUAUAUCAAGUACCCUAAAGCCUGCCAGAAAGGGAUGGACUUCAGUACAGAUGGACACUACAUGGCUCUAGCUGAGCGGCGAGACUGUAAAGAUUACAUUAGCAUAUUUGUUUGCGACGACUGGCAUCUUCUCAGGCAUUUUGAGACAGAAACCCAGGACCUAGCAGGGGUGGAGUGGUCUCCUAACGGCUGUGUGCUCGCGGCGUGGGACGCCUGCCUCGAGUACAAAAUGCUGCUGUAUUCCCUGGAUGGGCGUCUGCUAGCAACUUACAGUGCCUAUGAAUGGUCACUGGGCAUUAAAUCAAUCUCCUGGAGUCCCAGUAGCCAGUUUCUGGCCAUCGGCAGCUAUGACGAGAAGGUUCGGAUCCUGAACCACAUCACCUGGAAGAAACUCGUCGAGUUCGAGCAUCCGGCUACAAUCGCUAACCCCAAAGUUGUUGUAUACAAAGAGGUGGAGAAAAAGCCUGUUGUUGGAAUCGAGGAUUUGUCCAGUCAUCAGGGCACAACGACAAAUUCCCUGUUCAACACACAGAGCAAAUAUGAGAUUGCUCAACUGCCAGUCGAGGUGUCGGUGGUGAAGCCUGAUCCAGACCGUGCCAACCCCAAAAUCGGAAUCUCCACUCUUGCUUUCAGUGCAGACAACCGCUACCUUGCCACAAAAAAUGACAGCAUGGCGCAGUGCGUGUGGCUGUGGGACAUGCAGAGGCUCAGCCUGCAGGCUGUGCUAGAACACACUUCAGCUGUGCGCUGCUUCGACUGGGACCCACGCCGGCCACGCCUGGCACUCUGCACCGGAAACUCCAAACUCUAUAUGUGGUCUCCUGCCGGCUGUGUCUCUGUCAAAGUGGAAGUGGAUGGUGUAGGUUUACAAGUGCAGUCACUGUUCUGGAGCUGUGAUGGAGAAUCUCUGAUCCUGUUGGGGAAAGAUCAGCUGUGUGUGUGUUACAUGGCCACAGAUGAGGAGAAAUGAGUGCCAAGGAAAAGCCAAAUGCGACACAACACUAACACCAGCGUUUCGAUGUGCUUUAAAAAUAACUGCUCUCUGCAGCAGCUAUUAAAAGCAGAUAAUCUGAUGUGUUAUGGAUUUAGAGGUAACCACGUAGAACAGCACACGUUUGCAACGAUGCGGUACCUGGCAAAAUCAUUACAUCCCCUAUAUGCUGUACUUUUUUGUAUCUUUCUGGCUUAGACACAGAAAAUCAUUAGAGUAGUAAUAUUUUCUUAUAGUGUUAUGGUCAUUUUUAAGCAUUUUUCAAAUUAGGAUGUUUGAGCUCACAUAUGUGGAAGAGGGCAAAUUGAGCUUUUCUCUGUGCGUUAUAUUUGCCCCACCCUUUCCAUUAGGUAGCUGUUGUAAAGUUUGCUAGGGCAAAGAUGGCUGGUGGGUUGAUACUGGCUCAUAAUAGAAGCCUGAGGGUGGCUUAAAAAGUGUCAAGUUUCAAAUACAGCAGUUAACUAACAAUUUCAAAUAAUCUCAAAAAGACCUUUAGAACAACAGACAGGAGAGACAUUUUACUUUUCCUACAUGUUGAGGCCACAACACAUUCCUCCUAACGCUAACUGAUUUCCGGUAUUAUUCCUUUCAGUUACAGUGUUUAAGACGUAAUAGUUAAAUGACGUAUACGCUGAAUCCGUGGUCGACUGUUUUAAGAGCAGAGUUCAGUAAAUGUGUGUUAAUAAUGGCUAUAGUUUUACAUAUCGUAAUAGCACUGCUGUGAUCGGCAGCCAGCGUACCUCAGGACUACAGGAUGAAAUAAGCAAUGCUGGAACACAAUUACGCCAAGUCUCACUGCACAAGAUGAAGCUGUUCAUGUUGUAAUGUUCAGCAUUGUCUGGUUUAAUUGUUAUUGUAUUGAAGACUCCAAAUGUCCAUGAAGUAAGAGCAUUACAAUGUAGAACCUGACCGUUUGACAUAGCUAACCUAUUGCACUCAAUUCCGUUAUAAAUGUGAACUUCUAAGCUGAAUAGGAACAGUUUUGUCCGACGUAGGAGAGAUUCAUUUUUAUCUGGAAAUGUAGGGGUUAGGGUUAUUUUUUAUAGGCUCAGAGUUUCUAAUAAAGAUUUUUCUACAAAUCUGAA